AUGCUAGGGACAAAGGCACAGGGACAGGCGUUACAGGGGGAAAAAGAAAACUUCACUGUCUACAAUAAAACACUACAAAGUGUGUUUGAGACGAUAACACUAAUUGCAGAUAUUGAAGAACCUCGCCCUGAUCGCUGCAGGAGCUGCGCUGUGGUGGGGAAUUCAGGAAAUUUGAGAGGAUCACAUUAUGGACCAAUGAUAGAUGCCCAUGAUAUCGUAAUAAGAAUCAAUCGAGGGCGUACCAAAGGCUAUGAAACAGACGCUGGAACCAAAACAACUCAUCAUGUCAUGUAUCCAGAAAGUGCUACUAGAUUGGACAAUACCACUAAUCUUUUGUUUUUUCCCUUCAAAACACCUGACUUUUUGUGGCUUCUCAAGGCCUUAAAUCCCAGGAAAAAUGGUGCCCCAAACUCUAGCAAGAUAGCUAACAAGGAUUUGGUGAGUAUUUUAAGUUUAGCUAAACAAAACAGUGCUCUAAUGACAUGGUCUGGGGAAUUCAGGGAGAAUGUUAUGCUGCCUGUUGCACCUCAGAUUGUCCAGGAGCUCAGGGAUGCCCUGGUCCAGUUCUGGGAGGAGAUACACCAUAACACCAUCAUUAGGAGCGUGCCCAGACAUUCGCAGGUGAUGAUCCUUCAUCCAGCUUUCAUGAAAUAUGUUCAUGAAGUCUGGCUGAGAAAGAGGGGAGCUUAUCCAUCCACUGGCUUUCUUACUGUUGUUCUCAGCUUACUGAUGUGUGAUGAGGUCAAUGUCUUUGGGUUCGGAGCAGACAGCGAAGGAAACUGGAGCCAUUACUUUGAAAUCCUCCGAAACAAAAAAUUAAAAACAGGAGGCCAUCCGGGACAAGAAGAAUAUAAAAUGAUUGAUAGAUUACACAAGAGGAAGAAAAUAUUUUUUUUUAAAGGAUGGUAGUUUUUUCUGUUUGCAUUUCUCACUUUAUCAGUUGCAAAUCAGUUUUAAAUAAGAAUAUAUAAAAUGCAUUAUUUUCUCCCAAGUCAUGGCAGUCAGUUAUUUUG